CUGUUUCUGCCCGAUACGAAAAAGAAGAGCAAAAUCGUCCCCCUUGUGACGUUUUUAAAGACCCUAUUUAUCUAACCUUGAACUUACCACCCGAAAGUCAAUGGAAGAAUAUUUUAAAACUUAUUCAGAAAGAACCCCAGAAUGCUAAAAAGCACAUUCAUCAAGCCUUACAAGCUGUCGAAGGAGUUAAAAUAGAGGGGGUCAGUUUGGAAAAUUUAACCUGUAAGGAGCGUUUUUUAGACCGAGAUCUGACUGAUUAUGAUUUGCAAUCGGUUAUUAACGAGCUUAACGAAUUUGCUGCCAAAGGCGGAAAAAGCGGUGGGGAGUUUUAUACACCUCUUUGUGUG